CUACUUUUAAAAAUAAGUUGUUCAUAUAAUUUAUUAGAUAUACCGCUUAAAUUAUUAGAAACACUUUUUACUUUUAAGAUAUUUUCAAAGUUGCUUUUAAAUUCUACUUCAAAUUUUGGAACUAUUAUAGUGAUACUGAUAUUCUUUUAUUUCGUUCACCAUUGAAUCUUUAUCCAUUUUCAAUAUUAACCAAAAAUGUUCCAAUAUUAUUUCUUAGUGAUUGGGAAAAUAUAACACUUCUACGUUAUAAUAGUGGUUUUCUAUUUUUAAGACCAUUGUAUUUACCAAUAAUUGAAUUAUGGACAAGUGGUUUAAAUGUAAAUAAGGCAACAUUUAAUCAACCACCAUUACAAAAUUUGUUAAAUAAUGAUAAAAUAAAUAUUUCUAAUGAUAUUGAAAAGCUAAUUAGAUAUCAAUACAAUCGAAUAAAAGCCAAACAUCGAGAAGACAAUGCUAAUAGAAAAAGAAUGAAAUCUAAAACAUUAAUAGAAUAUUUAAAUGCAAUCAACAUAUUAAAAGUUCCAUCUUCGUAUGUUACUCCAUUUCCAUUUCAUUAUCCGAUACCUAAUCUUGGUAAUAAAGUUUAUAAACAAAAGAAUUUUGGAUGGUUAGAAUCAAAGAGUCCUCAAUAUUCUGUUGAUUAUCCUCGUUUAAUUUGUGAUAAUAAGACAAUCCAUUAUUAUUUAAAAUUAACUCGUCAAGAAACAAUUGCUCAAAUUCUUACACUUGAUGGGAAAACAACAAAGGAGUUUGUUGGCACUUAUUGGUAUCGAAAUAAAUUACCACUACCAAAUUUCCAUUGGCUUUAUCAUUAUACUAAUGAGCCCGGACAUAUAUGGAAAAUGAAUAAGAUAAAAUUAGAUAAAUUUUGGAAUUUGAUACGGACAUAA